GUUCAAAUUUCUUUUCUUCUCCUUCUUCUUCUUCUUCUUCUUCGUCGUCGUCCUGUUGUUGUUCGUCUUCUUCUUUAUUCUAAUUUUUUUGUUUUUUGUUGAACACUCGUUAAGGAAGCCAUGACUACUCAUGAGUUCUUCAAACGUAUCUGCUCUCGUUGCGCUCAACAUGGGGCCAAUUGAAGUUAAUUUUCUUUUGAAAAAUGUUUAUUUUCUUGCGCAGUCUUGUUGGCAUUGGACGCAGGAACUCGUAUCGUGUAAGCGUUUUCUCGUCAACUAUCUUUUGCCCACAGAAUCUUUCUUUCGAUUUCUUCAAUACUUCACUAUCACUGUCUUCCUCGCGUGGUUGUUUCAUAGUGCGUCCUUUGAUUUGGUUCACUAGGUUUCUUUGCAAUAUUAAAUUCCCCUUUGCGACCAAGUUUAACAAUUUUGAGGAAUGUUUCGAUAGAGAAUCGAUGUUUAGGAUUAUUAUAGAAGAGCGUUGGGAUGAUUGUAAAUUUCUUAAUUUAUUUCAAUCAGAAUUAGCACCGAUUUGGGCUUCAAGGGUUUUGGUCGAAUUGAAAGAAGAUGCUAAUUUAGCCCUGAAAUUCUUCAAAAGGGCUGAAAUGCAGGUUGGGUUUUGUCACUCAGCUGAGUCGUGUUGUAUUCUUGUACACAUAUUGUUUUAUGCUAGAAUGUAUCUUGAUGCCCAUAAAGUUCUCGAAGAUCUGAUUUUGUCGAAGAGGGUGUUGCCAGGUUGUGAUGUAUUUGACAUGUUAUGGUGGACUAGGAAUGUUUGUGUUCCAGGUUAUGGAGUGUUUGAUGCACUCUUUAGUGUAUUGAUUGAAUUGGGGAUGCUUGAAAAAGCAAGUGAGUGUUUUACAAAGAUGCAGAGGUAUAGGGUUUUUCCUAAGGUACGAUCUUGUAAUGUUCUUCUACAUAGGCUUUCAAAGUCUGGCAAGGGGGACUUGUCUUGGAAGUUUUUUAAUGAUAUGGCUGCGGCUGGGAUCACUCAAUCAGUGUUUACAUAUAACAUAAUGAUUGACUAUAUGUGCAAAGAAGGUGAUUUGGAAACAGCCAGAAGCUUAUUCUCUCAAAUGAAAACUUUAGGAUUUACACCUGACAUUGUUACAUAUAAUUCUUUAAUUGAUGGAUAUGGAAAGAUUGGACUAUUAGAUGAGGCAUUAUGUAUAUAUGAGGAGAUGAAGAGUGCAGGUUGUGAUCCUGAUGUGAUAACAUAUAAUGCUUUAAUAAAUUGCUUUUGUAAAUUUGAAAGGAUGCCACAUGCAUUUGGCUUCCUACAUGAGAUGAAGAAAAAUGGGUUGAAACCAAAUGUUGUAACUUAUAGCACAUUUAUUGAUGCUUGUUGCAAGGAAGGGAUGAUGCAGCAGGCAAUAAAGUUUUUGGUUGACAUGAGGCGGACAGGGCUUACCCCCAAUGAAUUCACAUAUACUUCUCUGAUUGAUGCAAAUUGUAAAGCAGGUAACUUGGGUGAAGCUCUGAAGUUGGUGAAGGAGAUGUUGCAGGCUGGCGUUAACUUGAACAUUGUUACUCAUACAGUCUUGCUGGAUGGUCUUUGUCAGGAAAGUAUGAUGAAUGAGGCAGAAGAAAUUUUUAGGGCAAUGCUGAAUGCUGGUUUGGUUCCUAACCAGAAAAUGUAUACUGCCCUUAUUCAUGGAUAUAUGAAGGCUAAAAAGAUGGAGAAGGCCAUGGAUACUUUAAAAGAGGUGAAAGAAAAAUGCAUCAAACCAGACUUGUUGCUGUAUGGAACCAUCAUCUGGGGCCUUUGCAACCAAGGCAAGAUUGAAGAAGCAGGGCUUCUGUUUGAUGAAAUCAAGAGAUCAGGCAUAAAUGCAAAUCAGGUCAUUUACACGACACUUAUGGAUGCUUAUUUCAAGGCAGGAAAAGCUGACGAGGCACUCAACCUGCUACAAGAAAUGCAGGAUCUGGGUUUUACGCCCACAGUUAUUUCAUACUGUGUGUUGAUUGAUGGUUUGUGCAAAUUGGGUCUGGUCCAGGAGGCUAUUGGACAUUUGGGCAGGAUGCAGGCCAUUGGGUUGCAUCCUAAUGUUAUGGUUUAUACUGCACUGAUUGAUGGCCUUUGCAAAAAUAAUUGCAUAGAGGCUGCAAAGAAGUUAUUUGAUGAAAUACAGAGCAAGGGUAUAGUUCCAGAUAAAACUGCUUACACAUCUCUCAUUGAUGGAAACAUGAAGCAUGGCAAUGUUCAAGAAGCUUUGGGUUUGCGAGACAAAAUGAUUGAAAUUGGUAUGGAGCUUGAUUUGUUUGCUUACACAUCCUUGAUAUGGGGUCUCUGUGAAAGUGGUCAGGUGCAGCAAGCAAGGGAAAUGCUUGAUGAAAUGAUAGGGAAGGGUAUACAUCCCGAUGAUGUUGUUUUUAGAUAUCUGAUAAAGAAGUAUACUGAACUAGGGAAUGUUGAUGAUGCCCUACAAUUGCAAAAUGAAAUGGUGAAAAGAGGUCUAGUUACUGGUAUUAAUGAUCAUGCUCUCCUUAAUAUUCAGCAAUGAGAGAGAAUGCUUGUUCAUUUCCAGGCUUUUGGAAUAUGUUGAAAGUUUUCUAGGGGAGAGAAGAGUGGUUCACUGGAAUGUUGAACAUGGCAUAAUGGAAAUCAUUGUUGGUGCCGGUUUUCAGACAUGAGCUGUUUGUGGAUCUUUGGAUGUAUGUCAUUUUGUUGUGGUCUCACGAUGCACCUUAACUUGAAGUUUUCAAGUCAUUAUUGGUGGUUAAAUCUCAUUCUUUUGUUAUGAGCUGGCUGUUGGAAGAAAUGGAGUUUUGGAUUCUAUGUGUUCAUGCAUCUACUCAAAAGUGUAUAGAACAUUUCGAAGGAGAAAGCCUAGAUGGACACUGUCAUGACGGCUUAUGUGAGCAAGGCUUGCGGCUCUUGCCUCUUUGAUUCAUACAAUCAGAGGACUGAUGAAGUGAUGAACCACUGAACCAGAUUUGCAGUCACAUACUCGCAGGAGAUUCAAGUUCAAUGAAUAGCGGAACUUGAACAGGCGAUUUGCAGUCUUACCUCCUUGCUCACGCUCAAUUUGCUACUUCGUUGGGUGUGCCGGUGCAUGGGUUGCAAUCUUCAGAUGAAGUUGCAGAGAAUCAGAGAUUUGGAAAUUUGUUUGCUUGGUGCAGUGCUUGAGUUGCUUCUCUGGUGAUUUGUUUGCUUGAGUUUUUUCAAUGGAGGAACGAAAAAAAAAAAAAACCUAAGGGCCAAGGCAAAUGAAGUGGCUGAGUGAGUGUGGCUGUGUAGGGCUGUGGAUCUUUGGGAGUGGGUGUGGGAGUGGGAUGUGGUGUGUGGAGUAUAGACUCUGGGAAUGGAAUGGGCUGAAGGGUCCCUGGGCCUUGAAGGGCUGAAGGCUAACUUAUAUCAUUAAAUUAUAAAUACAAAGAAUUUUGAUUUUUUCGGUUCCAAACUGAUAUUCAAUUGGGAAACCAAAAACCAAACCGAUAAAUUUUUGGUACAGAAAAGGAAACCGAUUUAACUUCAGAACCAUCGGUUUGGUCAGUGUUUUAUGGUUUGAACCAUUUUCUGCACGCCCUACUCUCCUCCCUGGUCUAGUGUGUCAUUGAUGGCUGUUAAGUCAUGAAAGAAGAUUUCCAGAUGAUCAGUGCAGGCCCUAGGGAAAAUUUUUGAUCUUAGGCUGGAUAGGGUGGGAAAGGGUGAUUUUCUAUUUGUAUAUGAGCACCCUAAUCGUAAUUGAUGGGUGAGAUUAUCUUUGUCAUUGAUGAAGUGGUUCCUAGAGGUUUGUCGUCAGUGUUUGGAAGGUUGGGUAGGGGAUACUGGAGCAUUUGAACUGGUAGCAGUACAUAUUUGUUGCCUUAUCUAUGUAUUGCUCCAUUCAAUCUUUUAGAUUCGGAGGUUUCACCUCGAUGGUUUGGUUAUGCUAUGAUGUCCUUAAAACCUAUAUGAAAUGGGUAUGACUCAUGUAACCAUGACAUAUUUUCUUACUUGAACACGAACCCAGUUUCUUUCUAAAAGAAAGGAAAUGGUGAUGUGAUCAAUGACAAUGGGUACUCUUCGAGGUAGGGUUGUGGUGGAAAGGUAAGAAAUUUUUGGUUUUUGUCCUUCAGAGGAUCUAAAGAAAAUGGAUGGUGAGGAUUUGCACUGGAGUUAUGUACAAUGGCCAAGGAAUUUGGUGCGAUGGUUGCAUUAAUAGAAUACUAAUUGCUUGUGGGCAAGGUGGUGAUGAUGGAAAGCAACAAGGUUCGCAAUGCAGGUUGAGAUGCCUGGUCGUUCAUCAUCAGCUGUCAGUUCUGCUCUGCAUCCGGAUGUAAGCUAUAGGGUAUCAGUGAAGGGUGGUUGGGUGGAGAAGAUGGAGCAGAAUGGGUUGGGCACUUGGGCUGUUUGAAGAGUGGGGAUGAUGCCUGUGAAUCUAAGGGGAAUGACAUGGGCUCAGAAUGGGUCGGAGUGGGUAUUGUUAAUACUUCACUAGAUUUGGGCCAGCUUUUUGACAGUCUUAAAUCAGACCCAGCAGAUAAAAAGGGGCCUCCAAAAAUCUAAUAUGCAGCAGGUCCAUUUUAUAUCUCAGGCUCAGCAAGUUGGACCUGGUAGCAAUCAAGCCCAAAUCCCAUGUAACUUUUUAAACGGGCAGCCUAUGGAUAUCUCCUUCAAAGCAAGCCCACCUCCUCUCUUCUGGUUCACCGAUUGAGAAAUUGCUAGUGGCUACCCCCUUUUCACUGGGGCGAGAUUCGAAUCCAGCUAAGUUUGAAGGAGAAAGUCCAUAAAAGUCAGGCUCAAAUCAGAGCAAACUUGCAGAAAGAGAGAGAGAGCGAGAGAGAAAUACAGGUAAGUCUCGAGUGAUGGCUGUUGAUAGAGGGGGAGGGGGGAGUAUUAUGGACCUAGAAGCUGGUGUUAUUCAAGGGAAAAAUGUUGGUUCUGGGGGAAAACUUUUGGUAUGUGAAGUAAAUCAGAUAAGUUCAGGGGCCAAACAGUCUAAUGCACAUCAUAAGGCGAUUCAGAUGUGUGUGGAAAUGAGGCAAAUAAUUGAAGUGAAGAGAAGAGAGGUUAUCUUGGUAAAUAGUGCCAAAGUUUUUAAGGAGAAGGGAAAGUCAUGUAUUGUGGAAGAUUCAAAUGCCCGGAGGGCUGCAUCUAGAAGCUAAGGAGGAGAAGAAACGGGGGGAUCACGCAGAUAAUGACAGCGAAGUCCUUGGUGAGUUUGGGAUUGGGGGUUGCGUGGGUUGCUUUUGGAUGAGUUUCGGUAACAAUACGAAUAUAGUUCUGAUUCUUUUGAUUCUGGGGAUUCAUCGUUUGCCUCCAUUUCUGAUGGGAGGUUUACAGGAUUCCUAUUUUUCUGGAUGGUGUUAUGGAUAAUAAGCAAUAGAGUAAGGAUGGAAUCCUGCCUACCUCUGGGGACAAUAUUUCCUGAAAGGUUUGAGAAGCGCAACAGUUGAUGGAUAAGAUGGGUUUAUGACUGUCUAAUCCUGGGGGAAAUUAAGUUUUGACUGUGGUAAAAAUAAGGCAAAGGGCUAAUGUAAAGUGCUUGGUGUUCUAUAAAAAAAAAUAAAAAAUAAAAAAUAAAGUGCUUGGUGAACUAUAAUGGAAAUGGUUUAAAGAGGGGUUUGCUUGGUUAAUUCUUGUUAAUAUUUUUUUCUUCCUUUUUAAUUUUUUGUUUUAUUAUUUUUUUCAAGACUUUUGUCCUUGUCUAUGUUGUAUUGUCUCAUUUCUCUAUCUAAAAAUGUUAUUAAUGCAGAGCUGGACCUUUUAAUUAUGCACAUGAGACACAG